AUGGCCGUUCAACAGAACGGCGUAGUUCAUGAAGCUGCACACGCCUUUUCCAAGCCUGUUGCCAAGAAGAGAAUCAGGAAACUUCCUCCAGAAAAGAGACAAAAAGUGUCCACUGCUUGUGACUCUUGCAAGAAGAGGAAGUUCAAGUGCACUGGUGAAAAACCUUGCUCCGUCUGUGUCAAAAAGGGUGUCCUGUGCACUUAUACGAUCAUUGAUAAAAGGUCGCUCAAGUCCGAAAGAAUGGCCAAGCUUCGUAAACAACAAGAGAAUCCCGACUCGGAAUCUAACUACACAACUUCAACUUCUAGUUCUACAGGACGUAGUCAAGCGACGUCUGUUGGUAGUUCAGUUCAUUCUAUGAGCACUUCUUCGCCAGAUUCCGUUUCCUCUACACCUCCAUCGUCUGCUGCUAGUUCGAUUUCGCUCCAUUCUCACGGCUCCCUUACGUCGGGCAUGAAGGAAGACUCGCCUCCCUCUGGCGAGUCUGCCUCGGUUAUCAAAGAAGAGCACUCACCCAUGUCCGUAAACUCUCCAUUGUCGACCAAUGGAAAUACAUAUAUCCCCAAAUCACUUCAGCCCCUCUUGUCGUUUCCCUUGAAUGACGAUAAGGAUCAGAAUGAAUCUGGUGCUUCUGCGAGGAACGGAAUCUCCAACCAAAACGGGAAGUGUGUAAUUCUCUUGAACGACGCAACAGGAACAUUCAGAUACAUGGGCGAAACUUCACCUCUUUCGCUAUUGUAUGAAACAAGAAACGUCUUCAUCCAAUACGUGGGGCGUACCCCAUUUACCACCAACUUGCAAAAGUGCCCUGUUGUGGACAAACCGUAUUUCGUUCCACGUGAUUACGUCAACUCGAAGUUGCCCCCUCGUCACGAAGCCGAUAUGUACGUGGAGAUCUUCAAGCGUAAUAUCAACGACUCAUACUUCGUCCUAGAGAUGGACUCGUUCCACCACGACUUUGUUGAUGCAGUUUAUGCAGCAGAGGGCAAUGUAGACGAGGACAAUAUUGUUAGCACCAUGAUCGUGUACUUUGUGCUUGCCUUAGGUGCGCUAUAUCACGAUUACAAUGCGGAUGCAUAUGCUCUGCCUGAAAGUGAAGCGUUCUUGAAGACUGGCUUGAACUUGUUGAAGGACACGGUCCAAGACUCGGAGCUCUGGGUAGUGCAGGUUCAUUAUCUUAUCUUCUUCUACUACCAGGCCACGAUAAGGAAAUCCACGGGAUGGAUCCACCUCAACUUGGCCAUCAAAUACGCCCAGUCUUUAGGCUUGCACCGUAAUUUUGUUAACGAGCAGUAUCCAUAUAAUCCAGAAGAAAUACAGUACAGAAAGAAGUUGUUCAGAUCACUCUACAUUUCUGACAGAAUCGCAUCCAUUUUCAUUGGACGGCCGUUAACUAUCAACGACUACGACUGGGACGAUCCCUCGCGUGUAGAAGCAGGAUAUGGAGCUUUAGAUUUUAACACUAAGGCCCAGAUCGAAUUGUCACGGAUUACCUGUUUAAUUGGUAAGAUCGUGGGAAACUUCUACCGCGACCGCAUUAUUGAUAUCGGUCGUACCAAGAAAUUGGCUGUAGACUUGAAAUUGUGGUCCAUCAACUUAGAUCAGCAAUUGGCCAUAGAAAAUAUCAUGAAGCCAAUGGAGAUUCCUAACAACGAGCACCACGAAAAUACUCAUAUCUUGUUGUUGAUACACUUAUUGCAGCUCUAUGCCAUCAUGCUCUUGAGUCGUCCAUUCUUCAUGUACGAAGCUGUUCGUAAGUUGUCACCAGAGUUAGGAAAAGUCCCUAUGAAAAACAAGUCGUUGUCUCGUCAUUUCUACCAAGCAGCUAUGAAGGCUUCUAUCUUGGCAAUCAAGUUGAUGCAUUACUACAUGAACACUGCCUACAAGGAAUGCAUGCGUAAGGAGUGUUAUGUAGUUAUAACUUGUUCUUUCUACGCUUCCAUCCUUAUUGGAGUUGGUAUUGUCAAUGGCGACUACCAGGAUCAGGACUAUACGGAGGCCGAUUUGUUUAACUAUGCCAAGAUGGCCAUCAGUGUGUUGAACCACUUCGGCCCAACCAACCCUGGUGCCGACAGAUAUGCUGUGGUAGUUGGCGAGAUGAUCGAUGCUUUGAACUUGGCCAAGUCCACCAGAGCUUCGGAAAAGGCUGAAGAAGCCAAGGAACAGGUCGAAAAGAUGUUAGAAACGCACAUGGACACAAUGGAUUUCCGUAUCUUGAAUGACUACAACUUCAUCGACGAUCCGAACAACAACUUGCAGUCAUUGAUUGAAUUCCAGAGGCUAUUUGUUCCUCAGGAAACUGCUCCUACAACCGGUAUAACCUCGGUUAAUGGCGAUUUCACUUUCACCACUAUGCCACACGACUACGGUAACUAUGAGCUCUUUUUUGGCGACAAGUAUUAG